UCUCUUUCUCUUUCUAAUGGUCGCUGAGAAAAUUCUAGAAAAGACAGAAAAGGAUCUACCUUCAGGAAGAAUAUUAUGGUAUUUCUCCUUUGUUGCUGAGAUGUUGCCCUUUUCUGCAAGUAAUAUCAGCUCUGUGCCUGUUUCUGUGCCAGUGAAGACAAGGGGUCAAUGCAAGGGCCAAAUUAAGCAAACAGGACAAGGUCCCCUUGGACUUGCUACACAACUACAGCCUAUUGAUAGAAUAAAACCCUUUGUACAUUCAAGUAGAAAGCGAUCUGCUUCUAUUAUAUGUUCUGCUGCUAUGGUAAGCCUGUUGUUGGAUCUAUUACUUCAUGUUAUGCACGUGCUAUAUUUUGAAUGUAGGAAGUUUUAAUUUCUUUCUCUAUGAUUUCAACAUAAUGAGCUCUUGCCUUUUAUUAUUAGUCAACUGAAUCAAUGCAAUUGGUCAGAGA